ACGACACCCCUCUCGGGGACUCUUUCUCAAGAGCGACGCCGGGCCCGGGCGAAAAGGCGUCGGUCCGCCUCUGCCCUCACCGCCGCUCGCCUGGCGGGGGCGGCUCUCUCCUGGGGCCGCUCUUCCUCGACACUCCCUGCCUGAGGGGAGCGGCUGGGCCGGGGCCUGGCAUGGUGGGGCUGUGCCCCCGCGACUGAGCGGCAUCGCCGGGCGAGACCGGGGUGGGCCGGGCGGCCGAUAGGCACCGCGGUGGAAGCGGGCGAGGCGCCUUGCCCGGGGCGGCGCGGCCGGUCAGCGGUAGCCCUCGUCGGCUCGGAGGCGCUGUGUGAUGCGGAGCAGCUGCCGCGGCCUCGCUGCUCCCCGCGUUUCCCGGAGCCCCAGCGCCUCGGCCGGGCCCUGUGAGGCGGCUUUGCGCCCCCUCGUGCGGCUGGGGAACCCUCCCGUGGCGGGGCAGGCGCCCCCGGCGCAGCAGAGGCACCUUUGCGUAGCACAAAGAAAGAAGGCAGGAUGUUCCCGUCCACGAUGUCUGUGGUGAGGUUCACCAUGUAUGACAAUGUCACACACACUACUGCCCUGGUGACAGGACUGGAUAACGUGACAACUUUGUCCCCAACAACAACGCAGGCAGUCAAUGACACCAACAUCACUGUGCCACACAAGUGCCUGCUAUUGCUCUAUGAAGACAUCGGGAAAUCCAGAGUCCGCUACUGGGAUCUCUUGCUCCUGGUUCCCAAUGUGCUUUUCUUUAUGUUUCUUCUCUGGAAGCUGCCCUCUGCCAGGGCCAAAAUCCGUGUCACUUCCAGCCCGAUCUUCACUACAUUCUACAUACUAGUAUUUGUGGUGGCUUUAGUUGGCAUUGCCCGUGCUGUUGUCUCCAUGACUGUCAGUGCCUCUGAUGCUGCCACAGUUGCUGAUAAGAUCCUGUGGGAGAUCACAAGGUUCUUCCUUCUGGCGAUUGAGCUGAGCGUGGUGAUUCUAGGCCUUGCCUUUGGUCAUCUGGAGAGUAAAUCAAGUGUGAAACGUGUUCUGGCAAUCACCACAGUGCUGUCUCUGGCAUAUUCUGUCACACAGGGGACCUUGGAAAUCCUAUACCCUGAUGCCCAUCUCUCAGCAGAAGACUUCAACAUCUAUGGCCAUGGAGGGAGACAUUUUUGGCUUGCCAGCUCUUGUUUCUUCUUUCUGGUCUAUUCCUUGGUGGUGAUUCUUCCAAAAACUCCUCUGAAAGACCGGAUUUCUUUGCCCUCCAGGAAGAGUUUUUAUGUUUAUGCUGGAAUCUUGGCUCUGCUGAACCUGGUGCAGGGCCUGGGCAGUGCCCUCCUCUGUGUGGAUAUCAUAGAGGGACUGUGCUGUGUUGAUGCUACCACAUUCCUUUACUUCAGCUUCUUUGCACCUCUCAUCUAUGUGGCCUUCCUAAAAGGCUUCUUUGGGUCUGAGCCGAAGAUCCUUUUCUCCUACAAGUGUCAAGUGGAUGAACCUGAAGAUGUAGAUGUGCACCUACCACACCCCUAUGCUGUUGCCAAGAAGGAAGGAAUGGAUUCUGGUUUCUACUCAAGCACUCAGAUUGACACUGCGGCCUACCUGGAUGAUGUAGCCUCUAUGCCAUACCACGUGGGCAGCAUCAACAGCGUAGACAGUGACCGCUGGAAAGCCAUCAAUGCCUAAGGCAGUGCAGCCCCCUUCACACGAUGCCUCGUUCUUUUCCUUCCAAACUCCCUGAUACCACAGCUGUUAGGAUGUCCAUUGGAAACCAGUCCUUGGCUAUCUGCCAUGGCUUUUUCCUUUUUGCUUAGGAUUUCCUAAACCUAUUGUGGAACAGUUGGCAGCCCAAAACCCAUUGGAAAGGACAUUUUUCUGUUGCUACCCAAGAACAACCUAGAACAGUUUUGUUCAUAAACCUAUAAACACUGAAUCUUCCUGAUCCUCUGUGUUCCAGGUGCAAAUAUGACCCAGAAGACAGGCCUGACUGGUACCCCUUCCUUUUCAAUGACUGAAAGCACUUCUUUGCCCAGUAGGGGAAUGGCACUUAGGGAUGGGGGUGUUGAUUUGACUGCUGUAUUGUGCAUGUAUAGAAAGUGUUUAGUGCUUGGAGCCAAAGAUGGUCUUCCUGGGCUUUCUUGAGCAGCAUAGUUGAGUGGGUCUUGUCAUAAUGCAAUUGCAUAGGCUCCUGGUGACAGCAGUGUCUGGAGAGGGAGGCUGGUCAGCUGUGCUCUUCUCCAGGUUCAGCUAAUACUGAUGAAAAUCACGAAUGGCAGUUUCUGGGGCUUUAAAGGAGCUUUCAGUGUGUGUGGGAAGAGAAGAGAGGGUAUGAAGAAAACUGUUCAGUGUGCCCUGAGACCGUUUUGGGGUGCACUGGUUAGUAGGUAGCAGCAUGGACAUGACCUGACAGAAGAACAGGCAGCCAUGCUGACUAGCUGAGCUGAAGCAGCUGUGAAACAGUCUCUGCAGACUGUGCUGCUGUGCAGCUGAACUCACAGUGAAACCUAAGUGAGGACACUGAUUCAAGGCUGAGUUUUAAGAGUAAGACGUGAGGGGUGUGUGUUUCACACGUGCACCCUGCUUCAUGGAUCUGGCAAGGUCUUGGAGGGGGCUGUAGAGGAGGGAGCUGACUCUGCAGAUGAUGGCUCCAGAGAAAUUCAGAUGCCUGAGGCAGAGCAGAAGCCCAUGAUAAGUCCCAGCUGCCAGUGUCUAGUGACGGGGGAGCUCUCAAACACAGAGGGACUGCUAGAAUUGAGCUGACUAGUGUUCUAGGUUGGGAGGUAGGUGGGAGAGGGACACUCUGCUACUGCUUCUGUGGCAACGUCCUUCUCUUAUGCUGCAGUUUAGAUGUCCAGAUUUCUGCUGGCCUGAAUAGGGUUUAUGGCUUGAGGCAGUGAAAAUACUUCUGUGCAUGUGAAGCAUGGUUCAUUUAAAGACUAUCUGGAACUUCCUAUUAUCCUCUUCCAGUCUGGAAAGGGACUGUUGUCUGAACUGAUUGACGUGCAGUUCCAAGACACUGUAGUCCAAUCCACUGCAUCAGACUGGCUUCUGGGACAUACUGUGCUCUCCAAGGUUAAAGAGGCUUAUUCCUCUAGCUUUGGGGGUGCUUUCC